AUGAGCGACGAGUACGACUUGGUGGCGCCAAGAAGUAAGCGGCUGAAGACCGACGACACCAGCAAUGACAGACGCGUGCUGUACGUCGUCCUCGAGCACUGCUCCCUCGAAUCGGCCAAGAUCGGAAAAGACUACGUGCUCCUCUCCAGCGACAAGCACGCCACAUUCCUUCGCAAGAUGAAGCGCGACCCCGCCGACUACCGCCCGGAUAUCGUCCAUCAAUGUUUGCUCAACCUUCUCGACUCGCCGCUAAAUCGAGCCGGCAAGCUUCAAGUGUUCAUGCACACUGCGCAGAAUGUUUUGAUCGAAGUGAGCCCACAAUGCCGAAUCCCGCGUACAUUUGAUCGGUUUUGCGGCCUAAUGGUCCAACUCCUCCACAAGCUCAGCCUCCGCGCCGCCGACACAUCGCAGAAGCUGUUGAAUGUGAUCAAGAAUCCGGUGUCUAACCAUCUACCCGUCGGCUGCAGAAAGUUGCUGAUGUCCUUCUCGGCAGCCGAGCUGACGAUGCCCAACAAAUUGGUGACGAAAGAGGCUAACGAGCCGAUCGUGGUGGUGAUCGGUGGGAUCGCGAAGGGGAAGAUUCAAACAGACUACACGGAAGGCGAUCUGAAGAUCAGCAACUACCCCCUGUCCGCCGCGCUCACCUGUGCCAAGAUUACGAGCGGCCUCGAAGAACUCUGGGAUAUCAUC